AUGUAUCUCCGCCCAUUUUUCCAACAUGCAUCAACCAUAAAGUAUAUGAAUUGCAGGUUUUAUUCAUUUUCGUACAACAGAUUAUAUUCCCAAACCACUACAAAAGGACAAUCCCUUGUAAAUAACAUAACCGACAUCAUAAAUAAUGACAAGAUUUUAAAUGGUCAUAACAACUAUAUGAUCCAAGAAUAUUGGAAGUAUAGAUUAGAAAUCCUAUCAUCCUUCACAAUUGUCCCUGUAAAUAAAGAGAAUCUCUCAGAAUUAUCUCUAGUUCAUAAUAUACCCUUUCAUAAUUUUAUUCAGUUCAUCCAAAAACAUAAACAAAAUUCAUCUGUAUCCCGAGGUCUUUAUAGAAGAGAAAUAAUUUAUAACUUGGGAGAUACUAAAUUAAUUUCAGAAAUCAUACGUCAACUAUCUCCAUACCCCUAUGAUCCAAACUCAUCACAAGCUGACAUAUUUAUGUGGUGCUUAAACGAUGCCAUAAACAGUCAGGAUUUCACUAUGUUAAUCGAUCUUUACAUAUUAUAUUAUAAAUUAUACCCAGAAUCACAACUAGAUACUAAACUUGCUUCAAAACUUUUGUCUACCAUAUCCUUCAAUAACCCCAAAAUCAAUAAUGUUUUAUUAGAAAAUUAUAUUCAAUUGGAAAAAUUGUUUCAGUCUCAUGAAGAAAAAUUACCGUUAACAAAUUUCCAAUUCUAUACCUUAAAUAUAAUGGCUCAGUCUCUAAAAAAUACACCACUGCUGGAAAAGGAGGUCAAGCGGCAGUUGAUGAAUGCCACCUUAGAAUCUUCUUCCUUAAAUGGUGACAAACAAAAUCAACUAAAUAUUGCAUAUUCGUUGCUCAAAUCUGAUGGUAAGCUUAAUAAUCCAGCAGGGGUACUCGCCGUAUGGUCGCAAAUUAAAAACAGGUGUAAUCCAAUCACGCAGCAUGAUCCUAGAGUAAUCUUUCAUAUUUUCAAAAUAUUCAAUAAAAAUACAGCUUAUAAUGCUGAAUGUAGAAAACUUCUAGAGGAAUUACCUCCCACAUAUAUUUGCAACAACCCUUUAUUACUCCCAGAAGUUUUGAGGUAUAUAUCGAGGACUUCGUCUCUUCAAUUAGCUCAAACCAUAAUCCAUAAUAUGAGAUCUUUUUCUUCACAAUCUGUUCAAGUACUAUUAUGGAAUAGUAAAGACUAUCUGUCAUCGUUAUUUGGAAUGCAACUUCGAUUUCAAGAUUACAAAAACUCAAAUCAAACAAUGAAGCGUAUUGAAGAGUUGUAUGGUUCCCUUUCAACACAUGAAUAUAUGUCCAUUACACAGCAGCUUUUGCAGAAUAAAAGUAACGAAACCAUAUUACAAGCUAUCAAAUUGUUAGAUAGUAUACCCGUCCAUAAACGUUUGCCAUUAUAUCCUAUGAUCAUAGAUAAACUUUUGGAAUGGAAUAAGAACAAGGGUUCAAAAUUGAAUGAAAAUAUAUUCCCACUCAUUAACGAAUUUUUAAUGAAAAUUCAUAGAGUAGAUUAUAAACAUGAACUUCCAUUAUGGGAAUAUAUAUCAGCUAUUUACAUGAAAUACCUCGUUGGUGAAGCUUCCUUGUCCAAAAAUAGAACAAAAUGUAAUAACCUUGAUUUGGCCAAAUAUAUAUACUUAAAAUCUUCAAGGAAAAUAGAUGGUAAAAUAUGUUCGUACAACCCAUGGUCUGUGCAGAAUCCGAUGGAUAUAAGGAUUAAAAUAACGAAGAGAAAUCGAUUGGUUAUAUUAAGAACAAUAGCAGAUCGCUCUCUAGGAUUAAAGAGAAAUGAUAUAUAUAUGUGGUGUUGUUCGGUUCUGAACAGCUUAGGGGUAUUGUUGUCUGAGCUCAAAACUGAUCGUGAUAUUAGAAUGGAAUCCCGUAACGAAAGUAAGGAAACUAUUGUAUCAAAUCCACUAUCUGUUAAUUUAAACAAAUCGGAGGACCAGCAAUAA